AUGUCAGCCGCAAUCCUUUCGCGGCGAGCUUGCCUAAGCCGACUACGAAACGUGCGGAGCGCGUCGCAUGGUGCCCCACAAUACAACGAACCCACUGGCUUGCUCUUCGGCGAAAAGCCUCCUCCACCUGGACAUCGUAGGAUAAAAGAGCCCUGGGAGAACCUGUGGUAUUGGGGAAUGUACGGGUCGAUGGGUGUUGGAGCUGUUCUAUUGUACUUCAAACCCGACACUAGCAUCCAGACAUGGGCACUCAAAGAGGCAAAGCAACGUAUGGAGGAGCGCGGCGAGAAAUACAAAUAUGAGCCCUCUUCUUCGCAAGCUUAG